UGUCGGCUCGGCCAUGUGAUCAGCUGUGUCCAAUCACAGCUGAUCACAUGGGACAUGUACACUGAUCAUCAGGGCACUGAUGAUCAGUGUGCCGUGAUGAUCAGUGUAGCCCCAGCAGUGCCACCUGUCAGUGUCCAUCAGUGCCUUGUGUCAGUGCUCAUCCGUGCCACCUGCCAGUGCCCAUCAGUGCCACAUCAAUGCCACAUAUCAGUGCCUACCAGUGCACAUCAAUGCCACAUAUCAGUGCCCAUCUGAGCUGCCUUUCAGUGUCACCCAUCAGUGCCAGUCAGUGUCACGUAUCAAUGCCAAUCAUUGCCACCUAUCAGUACUGCCAUUCAGUGCUACCUACCAGCACCAGUCAAUGCUGCCUAUCAGUGCCAGUCAGUGUCGCCUAACAGUGCCAGUCAGUGCUGCCUAUCAGUGCCAUAUAUCAGUG